AGAAGCAGCAUAUUUGAAUCCAGACCUUUCAGAAACUCUGCAGGAUGUUGAGUCCCAGCGUCUUCCAGCCGGUCCCGGCCGCCAUGAGGCCGCUUCUGGACCGGCACUGGCCCGUCCGCAGCCUCUGGCCCGAGACCCGGCCGCUCUUCUACCAGAUGGAGCAAGAGAUGAUCCGCCACAUGCAGGAGAUGAGGCAGAGCAUGGAGUUCAUGGAGAGGCUGCACCAGAAGAUCUUUGAGGAGAUCGACCACAGCGCCUCCUCCUCGGGCGUCUUCAAGCCGAUCGCCUUCCAGGAGCUGGGGGGCGACGGCGGCAGCUUUGCCCUCAGCCUGGACACCACCGAGUUCUCCCCCGAGGAGCUGUCGGUCAAACAGGUGGGCAGGAAGCUGAGGGUGAGCGGCAGGACGGAGAAGAAGCAGGAGGACGGGAAGGGCUCUUACUCCUACAGGUGUCAGGAGUUCAGGCAGGAGUUCGACCUGCCGGACGGCGUCGCCUCCGACACCGUCACCUGCUCGCUGGUCGGGGGCCGGCUGCAGAUCCAGGCGCCCCGAGACAGCCCACCUACCGGUAAGGAGAGGAUCGUGCCCAUCAACGUCAACUCCACCCCGGCCGUCACCUCCUCCUCCUGCGGAGCUCUGGAGGAGCCGAGCCACCCUGCGGCCUCAGAACAACCUGCUGAGAAAAACUGA